AUGCAAAAAAGACAAUCUUCCUCUGUUGUUGCUUCGGUGGCUAUUAAUUUGGCACAAUUUUAUGAAGAUGUAAACUUAUCGACUGUUAAAACGCACCUACCAAGUGGUGACACACAAAGUGGCCAAAAUGUUGACUCUUUUUUUGAUAAUGAAGUUUUGAAUGGUUAUGAUGAUUCAAUGUUGGAUGUAGAUAUGGAAGAUAAUUCUAUAUCAUCCUCAGAAACCUUAGAUGCAUACUCCAGUGUACAAGGACCCACCAAUAAUCUAACAGAAGUCGUUUCGCAAAAUCAGUUUCCGUCAUGCUGCGGUUCCCAAAGAUCGUGCCUAACAGAAAGAAAUUCUACUAUAAAUGAGAUGCAAAAAAGACAAUCUUCCUCUGUUGUUGCUUCGGUGGCUAUUAAAUUGGCACAAUUUUAUGAAGAUGUAAACUUAUCGACUGUUAAAACGCACCCACCAAGUGGUGACACACAAAGUGGCCAAAAUGUUGACUCUUUUUUUGAUAAUGAAGUUUUGAAUGGUUAUGAUGAUUCAAUGUUGGAUGUAGAUAUGGAAGAUAAUUCUAUAUCAUCCUCAGAAACCUUAGACGCUUGGGGUCAAAACUACCAUACCAUUGGUAGCUUACUUCCUCCGGAUAGUCUGCGACCAACAUUUUCCCAACUAUAUAUCUAUGACACAAAAAAUGAGAUUGAUAAUCGGAUAGGCACACUUCGUUCUAAUGAAGCUAUAAAUGAGCGGGAUAGGGAAAUUGUGGCAAUAUUAAGAAACAUAUUAGACAAAUAUAAUAGUUUGGCAAAGAGUUUUUGCUAUGCAAGAGAUAGGUACCAACAGGAAAAUUGCACAAACAUAAAGCUUAAGUUGAUUAGUAAAAGGACUACGGAUGGCAGGAUAUACAACUUGCCAUCUGCAUCUGAAGUGGCUGCAUUGAUUGUUGGCGAUGUCGAACAACUAAGCAAAGAUAGAGAUAUUAUUAUAGAGAAUCAAACUAAAAAGCUCCAACGGUUUGAUGUUUUUCACCCAUCUUAUUUAGCCUUGCAAUAUCCAUUGUUGUUUCUAUAUGGGGAGGAUGGAUUUCGUUUGGGUAUUGCAACAUCAGAUUCUAUUUCCGCUAGGCCUACAAAGAAAAACAAAACAAUCACUUUGCGACAAUUCUUUGCUUUUCGACUACAGAAAAGGACGGGUGAAUCUCCGUUAAUUCUGAAGAGAUUAUUCCAACAGUUUUCGGUAGAUGCCUACACAAUGGUGGAAUAA